CGUGCACGAGAUCGUGCUCGUCGUGAACAACAGCUAGAAGAGGAGGAAGAGCGAAAACGUAAAAGUCUAAACCUAAACCAGCUGACGAUGCUUUGGAUGCAUGAUUUGCUUACGGCGCACACAGAGAAAGUUGUGCUCGAUGCUAACUUUAAUAGGACCCCGUUGGUUCAAAGCACUAGUAUUGCCUCGAAACAAUCAGGAUAUUAUUCUGCAGACAAUGAGGGUAAUGAGGAUGAAGGAAAUGGCAAAGUUGAUGGGGGGGGUUCGGAAGAUUUGGAACAACAAAAGUUUGUGUUAAAAGGUUCCCUCCAACAGUAUGUAAUAUCAGUGAAAAUAUUAAUACUACAUCGCGUCCUUUUACGAUUCUUGUCAUAUACACGACUUUAUCGAGUUACUCGAACAAUUUCGAUUUUUCUGUUUCUUAUUCUCUCUUGA